ACCAGGAAGUGUUGCGGAAAUGAAGGACAAGGACGCGCUGUUAACGGUGGAAAAACCGAAGUGGGCUAUUAAUCCGGUAUUUUCACGCUAGACAGCUUGGUGUGGAGACCCCCAUCCAGAGGCAGGCUCCAGACACCCCCCAGGAGAUGUCGUCGGGCUGCCCCCCGCAGUCCCCGGCCGUGGCCAAGACGGAGGUGGCGGUUGAUGGGGCCUGUCCCCUGCUAGCCGCCACCUUUGCCUACUGGGACAACAUCCUGGGGCCGCGCGUGCGGCACAUCUGGGCUCCCCGGGGCCCCCCGGCGCUGGCGGUGCAACUGGGUGACGGCGAUAUCACCUUCUUGGCCAACCACACGCUGAACGGCGAGAUCCUGCGCAGUGCCGAGAGCGGUGCCGUCGACGUCAAGUUCUUCGUGCUCUCGGAGAAGGGCGUGGUCAUAGUGUCGCUCAUCUUCGACGGCGAGCUGAAAGGCGACCGCAACACCUGCGCCCUCUCCGUCAUCCUGCCGCAGGCCGAGCUGGGCUUCUACCUACCGCUGCACGCCAUCUGCGUGGACAGGCUCAAACACAGCAUCCGGAAGGGCCGCAUCUGGAUGCAGAAGGGUUACAACAUUGUGUCGGUGCUGACGUCGGAGAUCAUCCCCAUUAUGGAGCUGCUGUCCUCCAUGAAGACCCACAGUGUCCCGGAGGACAUCGACAUUAAGGACACGGUCCUGCAUGACGAUGACAUCGGGGACAGUUGUCACGAAGAUUUCCUGCACAAGGCCAUCAGCUCUCAUUUGCAGACCUGCGGCUGCUCAAUGGUGGUUGGGAGCAACCCAGACAAAGUCAACAAGAUCGUCCGCACACUGUGCCUGUUCCUCACGCCCACGGAGCGCCGGUGCUCUCGUCUCUGCAAAAGCGACGGCUCUUUCUCCUACGACACCGGACUCUUCGUUCAGGGUCUGCUCAAGGACUCGACGGGCAGCUUUGUGCUGCCCUUCCGGCAGGUGCUGUACUCGCCGUACCCCACCACGCAUAUCGACGUGGACGUGAACACGGUGAAACAGAUGCCUCCGUGCCACGAGCAUGUGUACACGCAGCGGCGCUACAUGCGGGCCGAGCUGGGCGCGCUCUGGAAGGCAGCCGGCGAGGACGACGUGCUGCCCGAUACCGUCAUCCACACCGACGAGACCUUCACGCCUGACCUGAACAUUUUCCAGGAUGUCAUGCACAAGGACACCCUGGUGAUGGGCUUUCUGGACGAGGUGUUCCUGCUGAAGCCGGGCCUGUCCCUGCGCAGUACCUACCUGGCCCAGUUCCUGCUGUUGCUGCACAGGAAGGCCCUCACACUGCUGAAGUACAUCGAGGACGAGACGCAGAAGGGGAAGAAGCCUUUUCGCUCGCUGCGCAGCCUGAAGACGGACCUGGACCUGACCUCCGAGGGCGACCUGAACAUCAUCAUGGCCCUGGCUGAGAAGCUCAAGUCCGGCCUGCACUCUUUCGUCUUCGGGAAGCCCUUCUACACCAGCGUCCAGGAGCGCGAUGUGCUCAUGGGGUUUUGAGGUUUCCUGCACCCAAGGGUGGACCUGGGUCCUCCAGUACUAGAUGAGUCUUGGGCAAUUUUUCCCAACCUGGUCAGGGGCCCACAGACAGUCCAUGUUUCUGCUCCCUCCCAGCUCCCUGCCAGACAGUCCACGUUUCUGCUCCCUCCCAGCUCCCUGCCAGACAGUCCACGUUUCUGCUCCCUCCCAUCUCCCAGCC